AUGACUUCUAUUAAAGGCCCCGGUGCUGCUCAGACCCAUGAUGGGUCCGGACUUCGUGUCGCCAUCAUUCAUGCCAGAUGGAACGCCACAAUUAUUGAUCAGCUUGUCGCGGGUGCCAAGAAGAACCUGCUCGCCGCUGGCGUGACUGAGGACAACAUCACUGUGCAGACAGUUCCCGGCAGCUACGAGCUCCCCCUCGGCGUGCAACGACUUUACGCGGCCUCCCAGCUCCAGGCCAAUUCCUCUGGCGAAGGUAUCAGCGCUACUGACCUUCUGUCUUCGCCGACCACCGAGACCUCUGGCUCUGCAGCCCCCUCAAGCCCCAAGAAGCCCUUUGAUGCCAUCAUUGCCAUUGGUGUUCUGAUCAAGGGCGCAACUAUGCACUUCGAAUACAUCGCCGACGCUGUCAGCCAUGGGCUCAUGCGUGUCCAGCUGGACUCGGGCGUUCCUGUGAUCUUCGGCCUGUUGACCGUUCUCACAGAGGAACAGGGGCUGGAACGCGCUGGCCUUGGAAAGAAUGGUAUGCACAACCAUGGCGAGGACUGGGGCAGUGCUGCCGUGGAAUUGGGUCUGAAGCGAAGGGAGUGGGCGGAGGGCAAGAUUUUGUGA